CCGCAGCUGGCCGGCCAUGGUGGAGCAAGCCGACGACGCGCCGCUCCUCUUCUGGGCCGAGGGCCCGGCCGUUACCUUACCGGAGCCCGGGGAGCCCGGCACCUGGGGGGGCUGCCGCUCCUCCACCAUCUCCUCCUCGGCUUGGAGGAGCCGAAGCGGCAAGGGGGAGCCGUUGGGAGCCAGUCCCGGGAGGCGACUCCAGGAGCAGGAACCGGCGCAGGUAGAGGAAGACCAGAUCUUGGCAGUCUUCGUGGUCACUUUUGACCCCCGCACGGGUAAUAUGGUUGAAUGGUGUUUGCCACAAGACAUUGAUCUGGAAGGUGUUGAGUUCAAAUCUAUGGCCAGUGGAUCCCAUAAAAUCCAGUCUGAUUUCAUUUACUUCCGGAAAGGCAUUUGCUUUGGUUUGGCAUGUUUUGCCAAUAUGCCCGUGGACAGUGAAUUGGAACGUGGGGCGCGCAUGAAAUCUGUGGGCAUUCUUUCUCCUUCCUACACUCUGUUGUACAGAUACAUGCACUUCUUGGAGAACCAGGUCAGGCACCAGCUGGAAAUGCCAGGACAUUAUUCUCACUUGGAGGCCUUUUACGAUGACAAGAAGGGAGUCUUCCCAGCAGGCACUCUUGUUUCACAGCAACCCAUCCACUGGCUGCCCUCCAUCCACAAAUAUAUGUAUCCAGAGAUGAAGAUCACCCACCCUGCGGGCUGUAUGUCUCAGUUCAUCAAGUUCUUUGGAGAGCAGAUCCUGACACUCUGGAAGUUUGCCUUGCUUCGCAAACGCAUCUUGAUAUUUUCUCCGCCUCCCGUCGGCGUGGUCUGCUACAGAGUUUAUUGCUGCUGCUGCCUUGCCAAUGUCUCUUUGCCGGGUAUUGGAGGGACCGUCCCUGAAUCUAAGCCGUUUUUCUACGUCAAUAUAGCCGACAUUGAAAUGCUGGAGACUGAAGUAUCAUAUGUAGCCUGCACAACAGAGAAAAUCUUCGAAGAGAAGCAGGAUCUCUAUGAUGUCUAUGUAGAUAACCAGAAUGUAAAGACGCACCAUGAGCAUCUGCAACCACUUCUGAAGAUCAACAGCGCAGACAAGGAGAAGUAUCAGAGACUUAAUGAUCAGAGACAGAUGCUGAUGUACUCCCAGGAAGUAGAUGGUGACUGUAGUUCUUGUGAAGAGGACCUCUUCAUCUUGUUCUUCAUGGAGCAGAAUAACCGGAUAUUUCAGACGUUGAUGGAGAUAUCAGCCAGCCAGGACAAGACAUUGACAGCUGACCAUGCCCGUGGAAUGGGCUUGGAUCCUCAAGGCGACCGUAGCUUUCUCAUGGACCUCCUGGAAGUUUAUGGCAUUGAUGUCAUGCUGGUCAUUGAUAAUCCUUGUUGUACUUAGAAGUGGUGGGUGCUGGAAGGGUGAGAGAAGCAGAAUUCACAUGUGAGUGGAUGGCAACAGCGGUUAAAAGACUACAGGAUGAACUGGUGGGACUUGCCACAAUUCAUAUUGUGAAGUAUUGCCUUGCAUUUAAGGGAGCACUCUGCAGGAAAUGUUAUUUGUCUUUAUCCCGUUAAGAAUUGUUUUCAAAUGGAUCUCAAGGAAGAUACCAUUCUUUCCUACCCCACCAUAGAUCGGCCAGCCACGCUUUCUGUAAGUUCUGUAAAAGGAAUAUAGUCUGCUUCAUGAUCUUCUACCCCCACCUGCUUCUAAACAACCCAGCACAGGGUUAUUUUGAGAGAAGAAAACAUAUCUAUUGGCUGGGAAUUUGGAUGGGUGGAUGUGAAAAGCACUUUAUUCUCUAGGGACCAAUGUGAAUUUUUCACGCUGCUAGAGCCUUCCUAACUGUAUAAUGUAGGUGAUAGACCUUCCGAAUCCAAAAAUCCUUAAAGACGUUGUUUUGUUUUGUCACAUAGUUCUGCUUCCUUAUUUUAUACAUGUACAGACAUGCAUCCAUAUGAUGAUUCAAUUAAAUUAGCAUUUAUUUUUGGCCUUGGCAGAAGGUAGAUAAGUGAUAGGGGGCAGCUUUUUCUCCCAUCACAUCAAAAGUAAUAUAAUUUUUUUAAAAAAAAACACCUCACUUUUUCUUUACAAAACAAUUGGAAGAAACUCCCCCCCCCCUUUUUUAAAAUCCUAGCUUUGUUACUGUUUAUUGAAUAUUUUGAGAAAAAGAUCUUGCCUUAUCUCAGCCAAGGCACAGUAACUUCAUAUCCCCCAAAGCAGUUCGAAGAAUUUUGAGACUGUGGAUUUACCCUGCACUGUUUGUUUCUAAUACUUGUAAUUACAAUGAGCCUGCUCUGCCAUCUGUAUAAUUUGAUAUGUAUUAUUUUUGGCAUUGUGGUGGUUUAGGUAACCUGGAGUUUUUUUCUGUUACACUAACAGAGUAUUUAGGAUUCUAAUAGGACCCAAGCUUAUAUCUGUGAAUAAUAAUAGGAUAAUACUAAGAUAAGGAAAGAAUAGUGAGGAGUGAGGAUUACUGCAGUGCCUUAUGCCCUUAAUGAUGGAUACCAUGGACUAGCCAUCAUCAAGAGCACAUAUAAAAUUUCGGAGAGCCUGAUCUGUUUCUUUGGCUUCUGGCUGAAAACUAAGCUUGUGGUUCUUGGUCUUUUUGCAGCUCUAAUCAUAGGCUAGAAGACUCACCUGGUGG